AUAUACACAUACAUAUGUUGUCGUUCAUGAACAAACUAUCCUAAUAGCCAAGUUUUAGGAAUGCUUAUAAUUCCAAGAUCCUUGCCACAGAUCCAACCCAGCCCUGGAUCCGGAGGAACUGUUAUUUCGAUCACAAUUGAAGAUCGACGAGUGGCUACUGCGGCAGCUCACCAACGGCCAACAGCAGCGCCGCUGAACCAAUCUCCGGUUGAAGGAAACCGAAACGGAAGCGGAAGCUGAAGCUUUAAGUAAGGCCAUUACAAAUGUUUAAAAUGGAUGCCACUGAUUUUUGGCACCAAGCGCGCGUGCCUUUCACUCUGCAAAACCAUCAGCAGCAGCAGCAACAACAGCAGCAGCAGCAACAACAGCAGCUGCCACACCAAUUACACAGCCCGCUGCUCUCAAAGACAAUAUCGCAAGGUCAACAAUCGCCGCAGCAUUCGAUAACGCCAUCUGGCGGCAGUUCUACGCCUGAUAUUAAGUACAAUAACGAAAAGCUAGCCAACGAGAUUCAGCUUCAGCUUUCGAGGUCAAGCAGCGCAGCCGCAAUCAGUGAACGAACCCUUGAAGAAUGUUGGUCGACCCUGCAACGAGUGAGUUGGCAUCUCUUCCGUUGUGUAUAGUACUCUUCCACGUUGAAGACACCAAACACACUCACACACACAGACAAA